AGUGUCACAUUUAAAAAAUAUUUUCUUUCCUAUUUUAGUGAAAUACUUUAUUCUAAUUUGUAAAAUGAAAGAAAAGCCCCAUAGAAGUAGUUCUACGCUGUUUUAAAUGAGAGUUUUAGCUGUUUAGCUCCAUUCAGCGCGGUGAUGGGGUGUAAUGUGAUAUGGAGGGGGCGGAGCUCUACAUAACCCGAGUGAGGCUGAGCUUCGGGCUCUGCAGUUCUUUCGCAGCGCCUGAGGAGGAAGAGCAGGAUCAGCUGAACUACAGAAGAAAUUAAAAUAUUCUCCUGAAAUUCAUCACCAACAACCAGGAUAUUUAACAAAGAGCAAUGUUAAACUGCUGAAAGAGGUGAAGCACAAGCUGUCCAGAAGAAUCUCCAGAACACACAGAAAUUGUUUGCUACAUUUAACAGACAAAUGAAGCCAAGUCCUGACAUGGAGCAACAUCAGCACUCUGUCAAGAGUUUUACUAAACAGAGUGAUCUCAAAAUUCACCAGCACAUUCACACAGGAGAGAAACCUUAUUAUUGCUCAGACUGUGGGAAGAGUUUUAAUCUACAGAGUACUCUCAAAAUACACCAGCGCAUUCACACAGGAGAGAAACCGUAUCACUGCUCAGACUGUGGGAAGAGUUUUAAUCAACAGAGUCAUCUCAAAAAACACCAGCACAUUCACACAGGAGAGAAACCGUAUCACUGUUUAGACUGUGGAAAGAGUUUUAAUCAACAGAGUCAUCUCAAACUGCAUCAGCGCAUUCACACAGGAGAGAAACCGUAUCACUGCUCAGACUGUGGAAGGAGAUUUACUGCACAGAGUCAUCUCAAAAUUCACCAGCGCAUUCACACAGGAGAGAAACCGUAUCACUGCUCAGACUGUGGGAAGAGUUUUAAUCAACAGAGUCAUCUCAAACUGCAUCAGCGCAUUCACACAGGAGAGAAACCGUAUCACUGCUCAGACUGUGGGAAGAGUUUUACUGAACAGAGUGCUCUCAAAAAACACCAGCGCAUUCACACCGGAGAGAAACCAUAUUACUGCUCAGACUGUGGGAAGAGUUUUACUGAACAGAGUAAUCUCAAAAAACACCAGCGCAUUCACACAGGAGAGAAACCGUAUCACUGCUCAGACUGUGGGAAGAGUUUUACUGAACAGAGUACUCUCAAAAACCACCAGCGCAUUCACACAGGAGAGAAACCAUAUUACUGCUCAGACUGUGGAAAGAGUUUUACUCAACAGAGUAAUCUCCAAAAUCACCAGCGCAUUCACACAGAAGAGAAAACUCCAUCUCAAAUCAGUUUAAAGGCAAUUAAAAGCACCAAUUGUAAGUCUUUCAGACAGAACACCUUAUCCUACACAAAUGUUUCACUUUGUCACUUGGGACACGUUCCACCAGAAACAAACAUGAACUGAAUUUAACAAUGGAUUUUACAGGUUCAGCAAAAUUAAUCUUACCCAGGGAUGAUGUUUAUUGAAUUCCAUGUUAUGUUUUCUUAUAUGUUCGAUAUUCCAGAACAUUCUUCGUGAGACAGAGCUCAGUUUUAGGGUAGUUACAAUUACUGAAGAAUGGAAAAAAACUUUAAAAUUUAGAUGUGACUGUUAGAGUAGGAUUCUUAGCUGACAACUAAACAUUUAGGACCAAAUCUUCAGAGCUUAUGAUUUGAAUGCUUUUAAUCUCCUUUCUAGUUUAUGCAGAUUAGAUUAUUUCUAUUCAUUUCUAGUAUCUCUGUUUUCACUCUGUGGAAUCUGUCCUCAGUUCCCCAGGCUUAGCAUAGCGUAGCUUAAUGCUAUUAACUGCUAGGCCCAUCUGUAUGAAAGAAGAAGUGAAAACACCAGCUGAGGAACUCCAGAGAGUGCUCCCAAAAGUGAGACCGGAGGAGCAUCCAGACCCCGCAGAGAGGCCAACAAAAUCCUUGUUCUCAUUUGUCUAUGGUUCAGUCAGUCUGAUUAAAAAUCUGUUACCUUAGAGGGAUAUUUGGUUGUGUUGUUUUACUCAAGUGUGAUGAA